AUGGCUGAAGAAGAUAAAAUUGCUUCUCUUUGCGACGCGACUACCCUUCCCCGAAACCGGACAAAAACGGCGCCUAUCGUAUACGAAAAUUUGAGGGAGAAGCUCCUUGCAGAUGAAAGGACCCCCCAAGUUUCUUGGGUGUUUGCUGAUGCUGAUCUUCCCUGA